AUGAUUGCAGAUUCUCUUAUGGUCAGCAAUAUGAUAGAACCACAGGUCAAUGCUAGAUCUGCAGCCGUGCAGGGCAAGUACGCUGAGGCCUGUCUUGACGAACCCAGCAAACGUCCGAAUGCCAACCGAAGACCAGAUCAAACUACCCGUGCCAUGGGCCCAAGUUACCGAAACCCAGCGAGACAAAUUGUUGAGCGCCAGCGACUUGGUUCAGAGUCUGAUCAGUCCCUGUCGAGAAGGAAUCAGAACCGAGCAGGAAACAUCUCAUCAGGGCUGGAGACCCACCCUCAGGGGAUCGAGAAACAGGAAAAAGGGAUCUGGCCAUUUAAUUUCUCAUGGGAAGAUAUUUGGGACAAUGCAUGUGUGGCUAACCCGAACAGCCCAUUCGGAUGGUUUAAGCCCAGCACAAAUGAAGUGGUGGACCACAUGGUGGAUGACGAUGAAAGCAACAUCGACAACAGCAAAAACAGGGGCGUCUUGCCAGAAGCCUUUAGUAUACCUGAUGCGAAAGCGUCGUUCACUACUGCCUCUUCUCCAAGUUUUGAUUCCCGUUUCCAGAAAUCGGUCACAGCCUUGCAGAUUGGCAGUUCUGAAGCACUGUCCGACCAGAAAGUUCUCAGUUCAGAUGUGAACGAGGUCAUGCAGGCCAAAACACAGAUCCCUGAAGGCCUUCCUAUUUGUCCAGUGAGUCAAGCAGUUGCUCAUAAGCUCAGUAUGUACUAA